AUGGAAGAACUCACCAAACAACUUUCUAAACUUCCACAACAAUUCAAGCAGAUGCAUGAGACACUAAUUAAACCUCAACAAAUUGCUUUUUACGAACUUUUCACAGGUGAUCAUCCUACGAGCAUUUUUCCUCCAGCUAAUGAAGAAGUAAAUUAUAUGGGGAAUCAGGAGCAAGGGCAAGCAUCGUGUCAAGGUAAUCAGGACUAUCAACGCGGAAACAACGUUCUUGCUACGAUUUUAACUUUGUGGUUAGCAGACAAAUCUGGUCGCCGGCUUUUACUUAUUGUUUCUUCAUCUGCAAUGGCUUUGAGUCUUUUGGUUGUUUCAAUAUCAUUCUACUUGAAGGAAUAUAUAUCACCAGAUUCUGAUUUAUAUGCGACAUUAAGCCUCGUAUCGGUGGCUGGAGUUGUGGUCAUGGUUAUUGCAUUCUCUCUGGGAUUAGGAGCAAUGCCAUGGAUUAUAAUGUCUGAGAUUCUUCCGAUUAACAUCAAAGGCCUAGCUGGAAGUUUUGCAACACUUGCCAAUUGGUUCUUUUCCUGGAUAGGCACAAGAAAGGUAUCUUUCAAGUCUGAUGUUUGGAAUAAAUAUUUUGAUCUGACAUUGGCUGCUGAUGAAAAUCCUCCUCUUGAGGUAACUGAUUCUCACACAAUAGAAGGAUAUGAGUUUAAGAGCGCUUUGAACGCUAUGCUGAAACGACCCUACCCAUACCACAUUGUGAACAGUGAUGCGUUCCCACGAACUGUCACUGCCGGUAAGCUGAAAACAGGUGAGCGCAUUCUCUAG